AUUUGAAUAUAGUCUACUAUAGCGUUAUCAGACGAGCUUUGACUUAUUUUGAUUUAAGAAAUAAAGUCAUUGUGAUAAUAUCCAUUCAACUUAUGUCACAUAUAGGCAGUGUUUAUUGUAACAUCAAGGUGUUAUUUUAUUUUAAUUUUUUUUCAUGUAACUUGUCAUAUGCAUGUGAACGAGGGCGGUGCCAGGGGGCAUUAUUUGAGGACUGCAGGAGGAGGGGUGGUCAAACACGGCUGUGCUUGUUCAAUCACACUCACUACUGUCACCUUGUCUGGGAACAUCGAGGGCACCAUCACAGUCAGCUCGUUCUUGCGGGACUAAUCAGCACAGUUAUACUACUGAUAUUCACUAGAAAUGACUUUACUUAGGUGAUCUACGAGAGAGGUUUUAUUGCUGACCCCGGGGCUUCUCGGACUCACCGCGCGCUGACCAGCAGCAACUUCGCAAACUUGUUCGUUCACAUCGUCUCUGAGGACUUCACCGAAGCGGCGAUGGAGCAUCAUCUGUGCUUGUACGCGCUUAUUUUAACGCUGACGUCCUGUGUUCAUUAUUCCCUGAGCAUAGAGAGAAAUAAGGAUAUUCCAACAGAAAAACUACUUGUACUUACUGUUGCAACACAGGAGACGGAUGGCUUCCACCGCUUCAUGCAGUCAGCAAACUACUUCAAAUUCAAUGUGAAGGUCCUGGGGAUGGGAGAGAAGUGGAAGGGAGGUGAUGUGGGUCGAUCCAUCGGUGGAGGCCAGAAGGUUCGACUGUUAAAGGAAGCCAUGGAGUCUCUGGCUGACCAAGAGGACUUGGUGGUCUUAUUUGUGGACAGUUAUGACCUCAUCUUUGCUGGUGGACCUGAGGAGAUUCUCAGAAAGUUCCAGCAGACCAAUCAUAAGCUGGUGUUUGCUGCUGAGGGAAUCAUCUGGCCAGAUUCUCGACUGGCAGAGAAGUAUCCUUCUGUCCGCAAUGGGAAACGCUUUCUUAACUCUGGAGGCUUUAUUGGCUACGCUCAAUACAUUCAGAAGAUUGUGAACCAGUGGGACCUUCAUGAUAAUGAUGAUGAUCAGCUAUUCUACACAAAGGUCUACGUGGAUCCACUUCAGAGGGAAAAACUUCAUAUGACCUUGGACCACAAGUGUGAGAUCUUCCAGAAUUUGAACGGAGCCGUGGAUGAAGUUCUCCUGAAGUUUGGGACGGAGCGAGUGCGAGUGAGAAACACUCUCUACAACAGUCUGCCAUCAAUAAUCCAUGGAAAUAUGAACACCAAGAUAUACUUCAAUUACUUGGCCAACUACAUCCCAAACGUGUGGAACUAUGAGCAAGGCUGUACCAUCUGUGACCAAGACAUGGUGGAUUUGUCUCAGCUUAAAGAGUUUCCAAAAGUGACAGUUGGUAUAUACAUCGAGCAGCCGAGUCCAUUCCUGCCAGAGUUCCUGGAGAGGCUCCUGAGUCUAGAUUAUCCCAAAGAUAAACUGAAUGUCUUUGUCCAUAACAGUGUGGUUUACCAUGAGAAGCACAUACAGAAGUUUUGGGAAGAGAACAAGAAUGUUUUCUGCAGUUUUAAAGUCGUUGGCCCCGAGGAGAACAUAACUCAAGGAGAAGCAAGGAACAUGGGAAUUGAUUUGUGCCGGAAGGAUCUUUCUUGUGAUUAUUACUUCAGCAUCGAUGCAGAUGUGAUGCUCACCAACCCCCAGACCCUAAAACUCCUCAUCGAGCAAAACAGAAAAAUAAUUGGCCCUCUUGUCACCCGUCAUGGAAAACUGUGGUCCAACUUUUGGGGAGCCCUGAGCCUGGAUGGUUAUUAUGCGAGAUCUGAGGACUACAUUGACAUUGUGCAAGGAAAGCGUGUUGGUGUGUGGAACAUCCCCUUCAUGGCCCACAUCUACCUCAUAAAGGGCCAGACUCUGCGGAAUGAGCUCAAAGAUAAGAAUGUCUUUGUCUUGGAGAGAUUGGACCCCGACAUGGCCAUAUGCAGGAAUGCCAGAGACUUGACAGUACAGAGAGAAAGAGAAUCUCCUUCUCCGGAAUCAUUCCAUAUGCUCAGACCCCCACAGGGAGUUUUCAUGUAUGUUACAAAUCGUCAUGAGUUUGGAAGGCUUAUUUCGACUGCCAACUAUAACACAUCUCAUUAUAACAAUGACCUUUGGCAAAUAUUUGAAAACCCACUGGACUGGAGAGAGAAAUACAUCCAUCCCAACUAUACCCGAAUUUUCACUGACAACAUCUUGGAGCAGCCUUGCCCAGAUGUUUUCUGGUUCCCUGUGCUCUCGGAGAAAGCCUGUGAUGAGCUGGUGGAGGAGAUGGAAAACCUUGGUUCAUGGUCUGGUGGAAGACACGAGGACAAGCGUAUCACUGGAGGCUAUGAGAGUGUCCCGACAGAUGACAUUCAUAUGAAACAGAUCGAUUUCGAUAAGGAAUGGCUGCACUUUAUCAGAGAAUUCAUCUCCCCUGUCACUCUCAAGGUCUUCUCUGGCUAUUAUACCAAGGGCUAUGCGAUUUUGAACUUUGUGGUGAAGUACACUCCAAACAGACAAGCCUAUCUAAGACCACAUCACGAUUCCUCAACAUUCACCAUUAACAUAGCUCUCAACAACAAGGGCUUAGAUUUCGAGGGUGGAGGUUGUAGAUUUCACAGAUAUAACUGCUCCAUAGAGUCGCCUAGAAAAGGUUGGAGCUUCAUGCAUCCAGGUAGACUCACCCACCUUCACGAAGGACUACCUACAACCAACGGUACACGCUACAUAGCGGUGUCCUUCGUAGAUCCUUAGACUCCUACAUAGUUCUAGUAGUUCAACACUAGGAAUUUACUAGCCUUGAUAUGUUUGUGUAGUGCCAGCUGUUUGUCUGUUUAUACUUAUUUAUUCUUGGUUUAUGUGUUGUGUGGCUGUUUGUACUUGCUGUCUUUUGAAAAAUGUACUACUGUCGAGAGAAAAUGCUGUUCAACAUAAGUUUAAUAAAGUCAACUGACGCAUACACAAACAUACCGCACACAUACACUCUGGCAGACUUUCAUACAUAUAAACCUUGUUUCAUUUCUCAAAAUUAUAUGAGACAUUUGACCAUCAUUUUUGUACUUAAGCAAAAAAAGAAAUCAGGUGAGAUCAGUACCUCUUCUUUUAAACAACUUUGAUUCAGGGCGUUUAGCAAUAGCAAUCAUUCUUAAUAGUCCCACUAGAAAAAAAAAAAAAAUUACCAGUUUGGAAAUUGUAAUUUUGAAAUGAUGUGCAUUUAAGUCAUUCUCAUUGGAGUAAAAUGGACACCAUUUUUCUCGUUUCUUUAACAUUCCAACAAAAUACAGAAAGCUUUUUAGUGCCAGUGCAAGAAAUUACGAGCUAAUGAUGCACAUUACUUGUGUAAUUGUUCUUUAUCUUUAAGAAAAUAAUGAUGAAAUAAUUAAUGAAAUUAUUUGCUAAGAAUGAUGCAAACUUUGAGCAAUCCUGUUACACUUAUAAACCCUAUGAAGUAUUACUUUCUGGCGAACUUUAGGAUUCUUCUUCUUCAGCAGCACAUUAAAUGUCUAAACACUCAACUGUACCAUCAACAUUUAGAGUUAAACCUCUUUAUGACCAAUAUCAAUUUGCUCGCAUUGGGAUUCUCUAACUGACAAACCCACAACCCAGUGUGCACUCAGGUGCUCUAAGGUCAUGAUUACCAAAGGAAGUUGGUAAAAAUGGAGGUGAGAAGUACUGUACACAAAUCUAGAUUUCUACAAAUCAGAGAGCUGUUAGUGGCAAUGAAAUAACAUAUGACUUCAGUGGUUCUUCCAUGUAGCAGCUGACCAUGUUUUUAAAAGACAUGAAGGUAAUUUUAUAUACUGUCAACAAAAUAAGUAUAAUUUUGUAUGUUUGCACAACAAGAAAUGGCGAAAUGCUAAAGGUGUUUUUAUGAAGCCAAAUGUUUUAAUUUAUCUUGUUUCUUACAAAUGUCUCAGCCAGGUCAGUCUCUUACCCUAUUUUGAAACUUGUUGAAAUAAUAAAAUGUUUUAAAGAGAAAAGGCUUUUUUAUUAUUAUUAUUAUCAUCAUUACACAUGAAAUGAUUUUUUGCCAAAAAAUAUGAUCAAGACAAAUCAGUAUCGGGUAACAAUCCAAUAAUUUGUUAAAUAAUCUGUUUAGUUUAAACAGUGCAGCUUGAGAAAAUUAUAAACAUUUCCUUUUUACACCUAAGCAAAUAUGACAUGCCUUUUCAAAUUCACAUUCUGAGUUAUACUAAUGUAAUAUAGAACAUGUGUGAACACUCACAUGCCCAUCACAUAACAUCUGGCCUAUCAAACCUGGCAAGUCUCCUACUCUCCUUAGAAUCAAUCAGCACAGCUUAGAAUUGUUGAAAGAAGAAGUGUUGCAAGAGUGAACAUGUAAGCAAGAAGUAGAUUGCAGAUUGACGCAAUCUAUGAUGCACGGUCGAUGACACAUACUUGAACUUUCCUUUAACUGAAAUUGAUGAGAUGCUGGGAUUUUUAGCACAACAAUUAAAGGAAUGUACGGGGGAGUUGAAACUGUAGUUCCUCAUAUGCAGCUGGAUGAUUUUUAAACUGGAAUCAGAGAUAAGGUUAUAAACUUUAAAUCAGGACUGCAAAGUCAUAAUGGUCCAAGUGAGCAAAGCAACAUAACUCACUCUUUUUUAAUCAAACAAAUACAAGUCACAUUUACAGUGAUUCUUGUAUCUGUGGAUUCUGUCUCUCAGAUCAACUCCAACUGUCACUGAAAAUAAAUAACUAUGGAAUUCUUUGUAACAGUUAUCCACUGUGAAUGUGAACGCACCUUCAGUUAAUAAAGUUUUACAAUUGCAAUAACAAAA